AUGUCGUCGGACUACCUCAGUGCGAUGCCAGCCGAAAUCAUUCGCCACGUGUGCCAAUCGCUGGAAAUGCCGGACCUCAUAAGUCUCUCAAAAGCGAGUCCGACUCUCGAUGACGUCAUCCGAGCCACCGUUUGCUCCGACAUGCAUCGUCUGAGCGUUGUCAACACUGUGCAAGGUAACCAGCACCCAGAGGUGCCAUCGAAAAAAUUCCGAUUAGGACGAAAUUAGACCAUCAUAGUAGUGUCAAUGUCUUGUGAUUCAACUUCCUAGUUUUCAGAGGGGACUGGGGGUAAAUAUACUCGCCCAAAACUCAAUCGAACGUAACGCUCUUGUCAGGCGCAGUGUUCGAGUUCACACGCACGUCUUCUAACCGGACGACGUCGAGUGGCAGUCCCGAAUCUUGGCGCGAAGCCUUCGACCUCUGCCGCGGCGUGAAAAGUCUGUCGAUCGACAUCGCCAGGGACGCCGCCAACACGUCUACAUACGUCGAAGCUAUUGAGAGAGCUCGUCAGUUUAUCCAGUAAAUCAAAUAGAAAAAAAAAUCAACCAAUAUUAUUCCUUACUCAUUUAAAAGUAAAGUAAGAAAAGUUUGGUUUUUUGAAAGUUUUUACAAAAGGAAUGAAGUUGAUUGGUAAUGGAAACUCCAUUGUUUUCACGCUUAUUAACUUUAAUGCCCCAUAAAUUCAAAACGCCCAGGUCGUUUAUCUGUGAGUUCGAGCUUUGGCGUCAUUCUCAUCAAAUGAAAAAAACUAUAAGCGAAUUUUUGGAACAUUUUUUUGAUAAAAAAAUAUAAACGGAAAACCUGUGUUUUUUCAUUGUUUUUGUGUCACAAAUUUUCCGAACUAUAAUCCAUUCUUUUAGAAUUUCCUCUGCGAUCCAUGAAGAUCCGCAUUAGAGACGCCGAAAGCCCUGUAUCAACGAACACGUCAGUCCGUCUUCACCGGGUCAGACUUCCUCCUUCGUUCAGCCAAUAACAGAAGAGCAAAGUUUAGAAACUCACUUCUCUGGCUCGCACUUACAAAAAUACGCUGCGGCAUGUGGAGGUGGCGACGUCAGAUGAUGACGUCAUCAGAGUGGACCUCAGUUGCGAGCAAACCACUCUCUACUACAGACAGAAGCCCGACGCGGCCAACAGUCUUCUGAAUCUCCAUCAUCAAGUCCUCUACCCGAUUUUCCACGGUUUUCUUGAAAGUAAGUAGAAGAGCACUGAUGGCCAGUUUAGAUCAACCUUUUCUAGACCGUGCUAAUCCAGUCGUGAUGCUGCUGAUCGACUCCAGAUCAAAGCCCCAGCUGGCCAUGCAGAACGCCUUCCAGCUGGCGCUGCCCCACUCCAACCGUGCGCAGCUCCAGAAGCUGACCGUGGAGUUCUGCGAGUCGAUGGCCGACAUCUCGGUGGAAGAAGUCGAGAAGAUGCUUCUCGGCCACGUCGAGUACCACGCCACGACGCCCAACCUUCAGGAGUUCACCUGUCGGCUGCCUCACACGACGGUUCGUUCUCCUAACGAGUUGUUUUGUGACCGAGUCUUUCCCAGCUAGAGACGUCGCACCUCGAAGAGUGGCACGACGCCAUCUGCGACCGAGUCCGGCGACAGCGGAAGAUUUCUCUCCACACUCCUUUCCAGACGAUGACUACGCCUUCGGUGGUCAAAUGCAAAUAG